AUGAAAAAGACAGUCAUCUUGACCUUUAUCCACGGCUUCAAGGGGGGCGAGUCGACGUUUGGAGAUGAAUACCAGUUCACGGAGCACUUGAGAGAUAUGGUGGCGCAGAGACUGCCAAAGGUCGACGUGCGUGUGCUGGUGUAUCCCAAGUAUGAGACGAGGGGGGAUCUGGGAAGCUGCGUGAGCCGAUUUCGAAGCUGGCUGGAGGACAAGGUCAUCGACUUGGAGGUGGCCGCCGGCACGACUUCGCCGACAGUCGACCCGUCGGUGAGGACGGUCCUGGUGGGCCACUCGAUGGGCGGCAUCGUCGCGGCCGAAAUGGUCAUCGGGCUGGCGUCGGAGAAGCCCAUCUACUCCGAGGACGGCAUCGAGAAGACCGAGUCGCCCGCCUUCAACAGCCUCAUGUUCCCCUACGUCCAGGGCGUCCUGGCCCUCGACACACCCUUUCUCGGCAUCUCCCCCGGCGUCCUGGCCCACGGCGCAGAGGGCCACUACCAGAACGCCGCCGCGGCCGUGUCGCAGCUCAGCGGCCUCUCUAGCGUCCUCUGGGGCUCUCCGACCUCUUCCAACAACAAGAACAGGGCCAACGACGCCAGGAUGGCUCUGCCGUCAAGCUCCCAAGCAGCAGCAUCAACGACGACGUCGGGCGCGGCGGGCGGCGCGGCGGCGUGGGUCAACCGCGAGCAGCUGACGACGGGGUGGACGUGGGUGUCGUCGCACCUCGAGUUUGUCGGGUGCCUCGCGCGGCCCGAGCAGCUCAAGAAGCGCAUGGAAUGCAUGGCGCAGCUGGGCGACGAGCUGGACGUCGGCUUCGCCAACCUCUACACGCGCCUCGGCCGCGCCGCGCCGGCCACGUAUGUCAGCGUCGCCGGCACCGUCCUCGGCCACGAGCGCACCUUUUGCAACCUGCCCAAGAAGCUGCCGGCAGGGGAGUGGGCCGAGGCCGUCAACGACAAGGCGCAGGACGAGGCGUCGGCGCACAUGAACAUGUUUGAGCCCAAGGAGAACCCUAGGUACGAAAAGCUGGCCCAGGACGCCGCAGGGCUGAUUGAGAAAUGGUUCCAAAAUGACUGGUAUUACGCCAGCUCUGAAGACGAAGCGCAGAAGGUGGAAGAAGUAAACGAACCGCACGAGGUAGAAGAAAUCCCACCAUCAGGGGCCUGA